AAAGGAAGUUUGGUCAGUGUCUGUGAAAACAGCAGGAAGUUUGUAAACUUGGAUAACUCAGAUGAUUUUGGAGUCAUUGGUUUGUCUGUGGAGUGAUAGUGUGUCCCGAGCAGCAGCGGACCAGUAAGGUGUCGUCCAGGUGUGUGUCUGAGCUCCUGCAGCCUGAAGAAGAUGAAGCACCAAAUAGCAGACUUCCCCAGCGGGCCGCUGGAUAUUUACAGGAAGAAGGCCUCCUUCGACUGGAAGGAAAUGCUCGUCUUCAUGGAUGGAGAUGAAAUCCUCCAGUUCAAGGAAUACAUCUUCAAGAGUCUGGAGAAUGAUCCUCUGUUUGCCCGUCAGCCAGGAGAAGACCUCUCCGUAGAGAAAAUGAGAGAGUUGAACUUCCUCAGGGUGAAGCAAAUUUUUCGCUACAAUUUCCUGACAAUGGAAGAAGCGAUGGGGAACCCCUGGAAGCUGAUAACCCUGGAGGACUGCCUCGGCAUGUACGACUGGUCCUGCCUCGCCAAGUUCUUCCUCAACAAAGCAAUGUUUGGAGGAACUAUUGCUAAUUCAGGAACAAGCAGGCACAGAAAAUUUGUUGAAAGCAGCGAAGACAUGACGGUCUUUGGCUGUUUCGCGCUGACUGAGCUGAGCCAUGGCAGCAACACCAGAGCCCUGAGGACCACAGCCACAUACGACCCAUCCACCCAGGAGUUUGUGAUCAACUCUCCAGACUUCGAGGCAGCCAAGUUCUGGGUGGGGAACCUGGGGAAGAACGCCACCCACACUGUGCUGUAUGCCCAGCUCUACACACCGGACCAGGUCUGCCACGGCCUUCAUGCCUUUGUUGUGCCGGUCAGAGACCCAAAGACCUUGCUGGCGUUGCCAGGGGUUGUUGUUGGAGACAUGGGCAAGAAACUGGGCCAGAACGGACUGGAUAACGGGUUUGUAAUGUUCCACAAAGUGAGAAUCCCACGAGAAAACCUGCUGAACAAGACGGGAGACGUUACCCCUGAUGGACGCUACGUCACUCCGUACAAGGACCCCAACAAGCGCUUUGGGGCCUCUCUGGGGGCCCUGUCUGGAGGUCGUGCGUACAUCGGCAGGAUGGGUGUCGUCAAUUUAAAGCUGGCUCUGACCGUGGCGAUCCGCUUCUCAGCCACCAGGAGACAGUUUGGACCCAAAGACACGGAGGAGAUUCCAGUGCUGGAGUACCAGCUACAGCAAUGGCGUCUCAUGCCUUACCUGGCAGCAGCUUACGCUCUGGACUUCUUCACCAAAUCUGUCUUCAUGAACUUUGUAGAGUUCCAGAUGGGACAGAUGAUGAAGGACAAGAGUGACAGACAGGACGAGUUGGGUCGGGAGAUCCACGCCAUCACCAGUUCCUGUAAACCUCUGGGCUCCUGGACGGCUCAGAGGGGGAUCCAGGAGUGCAGGGAGGCCUGCGGAGGACACGGAUACCUCGCCAUGAACCGACUCGGCAGUCUGCGUGACGACAACGACCCAAACUGCACCUAUGAGGGAGACAACAACGUGUUGCUGCAACAGACCAGCAACUACCUGCUCAGCUGUUUCCAGGCCAAACGGCACAACGCCGUUCACAUUCAGUCUCCUCUUCACUCUGUGGACUUUCUGGACGAUUAUCAGAACAUCCUGAAGACCAGAUUCACAGCAGGAACAAUGGAGGAGUGUCUGAACUUACAAGUGCCUCUGGAUGCCUAUAAGUGGCUGGUUUGUUUCCUGAUGGAGGAGAGUCAGAAGAGGCUGGAGCAGGAGAGAGCUGCAGGCAGAGACGACUUUGAGGCUCGGAACAACAGCCAGGUUUACUUCUGCAGGUCUCUGGCCAUCGCCUUCAUGGAGCACUGCUGUCUGCAGAACUGUCAGCAGCUGAUCUCAGAUCAGGACACGCCGGCUGCUCUCAGAGCCGUUCUCAGCAAGCUCUUCUCCCUGUAUGGACUGUGGAGCCUCAGCAGCCACAUGGCCACACUGUACCAGGGCGGAUAUGUGAAUGGAAGGAGGCCUGCAGAGCUGCUGCAGACAGCAAUCCUGGCUCUCUGCUCCCAGCUGAAGGAUGACGCCGUUGCUCUGGUGGACGUCUUGGCUCCGCCCGACUUCAUCCUCAACUCUCCUAUUGGUAAAGCAGACGGACAGCUCUACAAGAACAUGUGGUCGGCGGUGCUGCAGAACAAUCAGGUGCUGGAGCGCCCCUCCUGGUGGAAAGAGUUCUGCUGGGACAAACCGGUGGUGGGAUCUCUGCGCUCAAACCUGUAGAUCUUCUUCAGAUGUUCGUCCUCGGAGCAGCGGCCUUCUGCUGCUUCUCUGAAUUGACUAAUCUUGUGUCCAGACAGUAUCAGGGUUACUGUCAGGUUCAGAGCAGAUUCACACACGAGAAGCAGUGAAGCUGGUCAGUUUCUGACUGUAAGAACACCAAACAAUCAUCAGCAGAUCAGUUGAGAAGGAAAAUAACCUGGAAUCCGGUUGAGUUUAAAGUGAUUUGUCUUCACAUUUGUGACCACAUUCUAACCUUGGAAUCAGCGUUUUGUCAAGGCCAGAAUGAAUUUGUUUUAUUUCUAUUAUUGCACACCUGUUCUUGAAGGUGGAUACGGAUCAAAUUUGGUGGAAGGGAUCAGGUUGAUGUGUCAAAAAUGAACCGUCCAGCUCCCAGUAGCAUCGGUCAGAGGCGGAGCGGAAAUGUCUGAAGUUUAAACUGCAGCCAGAGAUGUUUCUGUGUGUGGAGAACAAAAUCAUUGGCUGUAAAUGAACCACAUGUGAGGGGCCUUCAAAGCACAUGAGGCGCCUUGUGAUCAGGUUACUUUGAAUUCUGAAGUGUGUGCGCUUUAGCGUGAAAAGGAUGUUGUCAUGAUGUGAGUGUGCACAGUGUCACUUUCGCAGUAGAACAUCUCUGUGCAGUCAUACAUCUGUUUGAACUAAACUGGAUUGUUUGAUCAGUAAACAUUUUAAACAAUGUCACUUCCUCGUGUCGGACAGGCCGAAUGCCGCACGCCCCCAACUUUGCUUUUCUAGUGAAGUCCAUGAUUAAACUCAUAAAAAAUAUGAUGUUCUCUCAGAAUUAAAGGGCUCUGAAUGGAAAUGUUUUAAUUUCCUCCUGUUAAUUCAAAUAAAUGUCUACUUUUAAAUAUUUGGAAUCAGGUGAGGAGGUAAGAGCAGGCUCUGUAUCAUCGGUGCAGGCAGAGCUUUAUUUAGAAGUCAGGUGAUUCAUUGGAGGCUUUCUUGCCUUAUGGAAAACAGUGACGUGACAGAGCUGCACUCUGCUGCCCCCUGCAGGAUUAAAAAUCUCACUGAAAGCUUUGUUUUCUAAUCUCUGUGUGUCAUUAUGAAUACAUUUUGUAAUCCAAUCACUUUUGUGACAAACGUCAGACUCCCUCGAUCUUUUUAAAAGCCUGAAGAGUGAUUUUUUUUUUUUUUUAACGGACUCACAUUUUUAUUUUACAAAAUUGUUAACUAAAAAUGAAUAAAACUGGUCUCUGCCUU